AUGACAUCUCCCCACAGCAAGAUAAAGAAUGCUACUCGUAGACAGGCGGCUAAUUUCGAAUACAAGCUGGAGGAUAUCAGGGACGACCUUGAGACAGAGAAUUCAACCAAGUGCAGCUUCGACGCUAUUCUCAAGUAUUUUCUCUCCCUUGUUCUUAGGGAUGAUGACCCAAAGAAGAGACGCUUGGACGUCAUUCAGAAAGAGAUCGAGGAGCUUCAAUUGAAACGCUAUGAGAAAAAUUUGGUGGGAAAUGGAAACACUACAAUCAGAGGAGUCAGCACAGCUGCUGAGCCGGUUGAGACUUUGGGGGAAACAGCGAGUACACAACUUGAGCAUAACAAUGAUAAGGAUGACGACACCUGGUUUGGGUCACAGAAGGAGCAAGAACUGAUCCAAGAACGGGAUAACAUACUGGAUGAGCUCCUGAACGAGGCUCUCGAAUCAGUGCUGCCCGUUGCCAACAAUGGGGAUCUCAUUAAAAUGUUGGAGAAUUUCGCGACCGCAUUUGCCAAAGGUAAAGCGGAAUCGUCCCGCUAUGGGGAAUUCGUUCGUCUAUGCAACAACGCUCUCCAACGGCUAGCUUAUGUAAAUUCAAAGCGUCAGUUUCGAGAAAAAGAUCGCCUCAACAUUCGCUUUCAUCGCAAUGAUCCCAGCCAUAUCACGACCCACAACAAGGACAUGCAGGAUAUUCACUGUAAGCCGGAUGUUGUCAUCACGCCUCUCAUUGCUGCUCUACGUGCGGCCUCGCGGGGUCUAGAAGUCGAUGUGAACUUUGACAAACCGCCCCGGAAGAGUUUCGAAUGGGUUGAUAUCCUCUCGUGCCAGGACUUUAAAUUAGUCAAUGAGGGUAUCCCUGCAGAAGGCAACGUUGCAGCACGUACUUUCUUCGAAGCUAGACAUCCUCUGCCCAUUGCUACAGAAGGCUGUAGCUCGGAACGCGCUUCGGACGAUGUAUUCCUGGCGGAGAACACUCUGCCGUCGAAGAAACUAAGGCAAUCGAAUUCAGAGACGCCCACAAGUUCAGCAUCCACAUCUACAAGUUCGGCCAUUGUCAAUAAUUCAAAAACAAAGGCAACCAAGGUUGAAACGAAAAGACAGCAGGUAAUUAACGGGCGUGUGCAGUGUGAAUCUUACGCGCUCGAAAUGAUGUCUUAUAGUGCCGGGGUUCACCAUGCCGUUAAUUUACUCUUCACGGAUGGCCAUGUGUGGAUUUGGUAUCAUGAUCGCCAGGGUGUCGUUCAGUCUGACGGCCUCAGCAUCUUUGCAGACUUUUCUCGCUUCCUCGUCCUCCUUUUUGCUUUCCAGCGUUUCCGCGCAGAAGACUGGGGGAUUAUUCGUUGCCUCAAUCCCCAAUUUAUAGAUAGGGUUGAAAACGAGCCAGUGUCAAGGAACACACCAGAACCAGUGCCAGAACCCGGGAUCAAAUUCAACUUGAAGCGAGAUCUGCGGAACGUUUGGGUUCCAGAUGAUCAGGGCAGCACACUUGCGACGGUUGUAGUUAACAUGGAUAAUUUUUUAUCACACCCACCGCACAGCUUGAACGGCAACACCACAGCAGUUGUUUUGGCCCAGGGUUUUGAUGAAGACGGUGCAUUGGUGUCUGUACCAAUGGUCUGUAAGAUAUAUCACCCCGAGGUUGAACGACGACACGAAGGAGCAACCAUCCAGGUCGUCCGUAAGAUCGCCGCAGACGAGGACAAGACCAUGCUCAAACACCUGCCCUCCGUACUGUUUUAUGGAGAUGUACCGGGAUGUACCACUCAUCGUAUUCGGAGCAUGAUUAAACGACGAUGGAAGGGCCACCGCACUCUCCGGAUAUUGGGUCUCAGAAAGCUAGAGGAGAUCACGACCGUCGACGGUGCAGAUUUUGUCAAGGCUUGGCUUGAAACCGUUAUAUGUCACGCAUUUCUUUGGAAAAACUACGUUGAACAUGGGGAUCCUAGUCUAAGCAAUAUCAUGUACGACCCGGAUGAAAAUUGCGGGGUUCUGAGCGACUUUGAUCUUUCUCUGUUGCAAUGGGAACCUCGUGUCAUUGGGACCCACGGUACCGGGACUGUCCCAUUCAUGGCCCUCGAACUCCUGAGAAAGAAGUACUGGGAAGGGAAAAUCCAAAGAUUUUAUCACCAUGAAUUGGAAUCAUUCAUCUGGAUUCUUACCUAUGUGAUUCUCCUUUAUGACAGAGGGAUUCGCAAAAAGAAUGAGGCAGUUGAUUCUUGGCGAACGUCGGACUAUGACAUGUGUCGUAUGCAAAAGCGGGAUUUCUACUUUGAUUCAAAUCAAAAACUGGCAAACCAGGUUCAGGAAAACUACAAGACAUACUGGCGCAUGGCUCGACAACUCCUUUACAAUCUCGUUCUUUGCCAUGCGGAACAUCAAGGUCAGAUGAUGCGCUCAUCGGCCAACAACGCACCUCGUCUGGCUUCCGACAAUCUCUGGGAAAGGUUUAACUCUGUAUUGCGCUCAACCCUCCCGCCCAACAGUAUUCUUGACCAGGAGGAUCUUUUGGAACGACUCAAGUCUCAGAAGCCAUCCUUUGAACCUCUUGAUGAGACUAUACGACACACACUUCAGGCUAAGUAUUCUGCCAUAGUUCUGUAG